GCAAUAGCCAAACUGUAUCAGCUUUCAUAGAAGUUACGUCAGUUUUCACCAAUAUCAACUUUACAUACAGUGCAGUGCCCCGUUGAACAACAGCAUAAUGGGAAUAAAUAUUGUUCUGGGCUCUUUGGAUUUCCCGCACUAAGCAGGCCCAAUACCACCAAAAAGUACAAGGAAUUGCAUUCUUCUAUCCAGCGCUUAAAUGAAACCAAAGCCGAGAUGUCAUGUGCUAUAUGUAUGGAGCAACUACAGCAGAGCCAGCAGCCCAAGGUGCUGAGUUGUGGUCACUCUUUCUGUUUGGCGUGCAUCGAGCACUGGUUCGAUUCCAAGCAGCGGCGUGCCCCUAAGGACGGAUCUAGACGUCGUGCGGUGCGAUGCCCGGUCUGCUUACAGUAUACCCCACUGCCGACAGAAGGUUUGACAUCGCUGCCUACCAACUUCGCAUUAUUGGAGGCACGAGAGGAGAACUCGAUCAAACUAUGUGACGAUGAUGAUGGUGAUAGAUCAUCUCGGAUGUGUUUACUUCAUGUUGGUAAAAUACUGGAGUUCCAGUGCAAGACCUGCGCUGGGCAGCUGGUUUGCCGGCAGUGUGUUGGAUCCCAGCACCGGCCGGCUGCCGGUCAUCGCAUCGGUAGCCUCGCGUCGCUGGUCCGUAGGCAGUCUACCGAGAGGGCCGAGCUAGAACAGAUGGUGAUGGAACUCCAAAUGAGAACCAUUGAAUUAACCGAAAGUAAUGCAGUCCUUCAGUUAGAUCUACUUGACCGUGAAAGCAAUUCGAAAACAAACUUUAUAACGACUACUGAGAAAGAUAUUAAUUCUGAAAAAUCCGGUACCGGCGAAACAUCCAAAUCAGAAACAGGAUGCAGUUCAGACGACACAGUAAUUCUUGGGACAGAGACAUACCAGACGCAGCCAAGACCAAGAUUAAGGUCGGGGAACCUUCCAGAGGGGAAGAGGAGGCCACCACCCGUCCCACCUAACUUGAAAACCAAGUCUCUUCCAUAUGCAGGAUUGGAGAGAAAGUAUGGAGUUCCACCACCACCUCCGUCAUCCCACACCAGAGACAACCGCCAGUCCAACACCUUGCCAAUUAGAUCUCCUCCGCCACCACCCCCUUCGUCAGCAAAUCAACGGUCUGCUGGACAAGGGUUACCAACAUCCUCUCAUGUCGCGGACGGGUAUCAGCCGAGAAGGUAUCCUUCCAGAAACAACCGCCAGCCCCACACUUUGCCGCCACCACCACCAACCGCUCCGUCAGAAAAUCACCGGUCUGCUGGACCAGAGUCACCAACAUCAUCAACUGCUGUCGGGGACCAGCAAACUGUUUGUGACCGACUAGCUCCCAGCGUGCUUCCAAGAAGGCAUCAACCUGCCGGCGUCACACGCGUCGACUCCCGAUCCCUCAGACCACACCUGCAUGCAAGGGUCCCCUCGUCUACCUCUGCUCAAUCAGACAAUUCCAUGACGGAGUCACCAUCACACUUGGAAACAAACCAACAGUCUUAUCCUCGACGAUCGAGAGGCAUGGCUCCACCUCCUCCUCCACCGCGUCCGAAGACAAGGCCCCCAUCACACCCAGCCGGUCGGUCCACUUGA